CCAUCCUCAUCUCGACGGAGAUAAAUCAAGCAAAAGUCCCCCGAGCCCCGCACUAUAAUGGCUUCCUGCGCUGCCUCCGGCUCGCCUGCCGCACUAAGCUACCGCCUCCUCCGCUGGCGGCCGUCACCGAUCUGUAGGUUUUCGGCGACCUUCUCUCCUCCUUUCUCAUCGGCAGCCCUAGAUCGGUCGAGGAGGAUAUCACUCUCUGCCGUCUGCCCGAGUCCGCUGCGAUCUAAUCGCAUACCGUUGCCCUCACCUCCUGCCAUGGCUUCCGACGAGACUCUCGCGGCGAAGGAGAAGAUGGGGUUGCUGGUCUUCGACACCGAGGAGGAGCUCUCCGUGUCGCUUGCGAAGUAUGCAGUGGAGCUGUCGGAGAAGUUCAUCCGCGAGAGAGGCGCUUUCACUGUGGUUCUCUCCGGCGGAUCUCUCAUCAAGUUCCUCAAGGAAUUGACGGAGUCUCCUUACUCGGAAACACUAAAUUGGGCAAAAUGGUACAUUUUCUGGGUGGAUGAGAGGGUGGUUUCAAAGGAUCACGAAGACAGCAAUUAUAAACUAGCAUUUGAUGUUUUUUUGUCUAAGGUCCCAAUUCCACCUGGUCAAGUUUGUGCCAUCAAUGAUGCCUUAUCAGCCCAAGGUGCUGCUGAAGACUAUGAGACCACUUUGAAGCAUCUGGUCAACAUCGGUGUGGUUGUCAAAUCAGCAACUGGUUAUCCUAGAUUUGAUCUCAUGUUAUUAGGAAUGGGACCAGAUGGUCAUAUUGCUUCCCUCUUUCCCAGCCACCCCCUCGUUAAUGUGACAGAUAAGUGGGUUGCCUUCAUAAAGGACUCUCCAAAGCCGCCACCAGAAAGGAUUACAUUCACUUUACCUGUAAUCAAUUCAUCUGCUUAUGUUGCAAUGGUGGUUGCUGGAGCUGGGAAAGCUAGUGUCGUUAGCAAAGCUCUGGGCAAUGAGAAAACAACUAAUGUGCUGCCUGUUGAGAUGGUUUCCCUUGAAGAUGGAGAGUUAACAUGGUUUACUGAUAAAGCAGCAGUCUCAAUGCUCCGAGACAAGCUAAGCCUGUAAACCAUUAAUGUAAAUUUUUGAUGCCACACUGUCAUAUUUAUCUGAAUAAUGAUCUAGAAGAACAUUUGAUUAUAUAAUUCCAGAUAUUUUUCAUUUUGAGAA